AGAGAGGCGCGCGCUGUAACAGGAGAGCAGCAGCUGAACGCGUACAGUAGACGCGUCGACUCGCGCAGCGGAGGAGAGUAGACACACACACACACACACACACCUGAGGAAUAGCGGCGCGAUGGCUGAUCAUCUCAUACAGAUCAAUGACUCUUCCGCCGCUUUCAACCGUUUCGCGCGGAAAGGAGCUCAGCGAAAGAAGAACGUGCACGAAGUUAAAAACCACAAAUUUAUCGCUCGAUUCUUCAAGCAGCCCACAUUCUGCAGCCACUGCACCGACUUUAUCUGGGGAUUUGGAAAGCAAGGCUUCCAGUGCCAAGUGUGCUGUUUUGUGGUCCACAAAAGAUGCCAUGAGUUUGUUUCAUUCUCCUGUCCAGGGGCCGACAAGGGCCCUGACACAGAUGAUCCCAGAAGCAAGCACAAGUUCAAGAUCCACACCUACGGCAGUCCCACCUUCUGCGACCACUGCGGAUCGCUGCUGUAUGGCCUCAUCCACCAAGGGAUGAAAUGUGACACCUGUGACAUGAACGUUCAUAAGCAGUGUGUGAUGAACGUGCCAAGUCUGUGCGGGACCGACCACACUGAACGCAGAGGAAGACUUUUCCUCAAGAUUGAGGUCAGCGGAGACAGACUUCACGUCACAGUGGGUGAGGCCCGAAAUCUGAUUCCCAUGGACCCCAAUGGUCUGUCAGACCCGUAUGUGAAGCUCAAACUCAUCCCGGACCCCAAGAAUGAGACCAAGCAGAAGACCCGCACCAUCCGCUCCUCGCUCAACCCCACCUGGAACGAGUCCUUCAUCUUUAAGUUAAAGCCAUCGGAUAAGGAGCGCCGUCUGUCCGUGGAGGUGUGGGAUUGGGACAGAACCACCCGUAAUGACUUCAUGGGCUCCAUGUCCUUUGGUGUGUCUGAGCUGAUCAAAGCUCCUCUGUGUGGCUGGUAUAAGAUGUUAAACCAGGAAGAGGGUGAGUACUACAACGUGCCCAUCCCAGAGGAGAGUGACAUUAACCUGGAGAUGCGGCAGAAGUUUGAGGCCUUUCAGUUCAAUAUCCACCUGCUGAAGAAAGCCAGGCUCGGCCCUGGGAAGAAAGUCAUCACUCCCACUGAUCACCGUCGCUUCAGUUUACCAUCCGGAAACAUGAACAGAGUUCAACUCAGUGACUUCCAUUUUCUGGCUCUUCUGGGCAAAGGCAGUUUUGGGAAGGUUAUGUUAGCAGAGAUGAAGUCCACUGAGGAGCUGUACGCCAUUAAAAUCUUGAAGAAGGACGUGGUGAUCCAGGAUGAUGAUGUGGAGUGCACAAUGGUGGAGAAGAGAGUGCUGGCCCAGAGAGAAAAGCCACCUUUCCUCACCCAGCUGCACUCCUGCUUCCAAACUGUGGAUCGUCUGUACUUUGUAAUGGAGUACAUUAACGGUGGAGACCUGAUGUAUCACAUCCAGCAAGUGGGCAAGUUUAAGGAGCCACAAGCCGUAUUCUAUGCAGCAGAGAUUGCUGUCGGACUCUUCUUUCUUCAUAGGAAGGGAGUUAUUUACAGAGAUCUAAAGUUGGAUAAUGUGAUGUUGGACUCCGAGGGCCACAUCAAGAUUGCAGACUUUGGCAUGUGUAAGGAACACAUGUAUGAGGGCAUGACGACACGCACCUUCUGUGGAACGCCGGAUUACAUCGCCCCGGAGAUAAUCGCCUAUCAGCCGUAUGGGAAGUCGGUGGACUGGUGGGCAUACGGUGUGCUCCUCUACGAGAUGCUGGCUGGGCAGCCUCCAUUUGAUGGCGAGGAUGAGGAUGAGCUGUUUCAGUCCAUUAUGGAGCACAAUGUGUCCUACCCCAAAUCCCUGUCUAAAGAGGCAGUGUCCAUCUGUAAAGGGCUGAUGACGAAGCAUCCAUCCAAGCGUCUAGGUUGCAGUCCAGAGGGUGAGAGAGAUAUAAAAGAGCAAGCUUUCUUCCGCAGAAUCGACUGGGAACGGUUGGCAAACAGAGAGAUCCAGCCUCCUUUCAAACCCAAAGUGUGCGGCAAAGCGGCAGAGAACUUCGACAAAUUCUUCACCCGCACGCAGCCCAUGCUGACCCCUCCAGACCAACUGGUCAUCGCCAACAUCGACCAGAGCGAAUUCUCUGGAUUCUCUUUCAUAAACCCAGAGUUCAUCCACCCAUCAACGCUUCACAGUGUGGUAUGAGACGGCCCGAUGAAGAAGAGGACCGCCCGUCCUGCUCAAACUAACUACCACAUCCACAUUAUUUAUGAACUCACCAAAUCUUUGUAGACAGUUGAAUACCCUUUAUCUGAACAUAUCUGAACUGAGGAGGGCUGGAGAAGGGGGUCUGAUGGCUGAAGGGAAUAUAUCACGAGCAUUUUAAGGCGCCAAAGACAAAUUAGAAUUUUAUGAGGUUCCAUCUCGGUUAGGGUGCUGCU